ACGUCUAUCGCAAGAGUCAAGAGAGUCUUGUUGGAGAUCGCUAACAGGCUCGAGAUCAACGUUGAAGGCAUCGACAUGGAGGAGGAUUUGAACACCAAGUCCUGGAACGGGUCCGAGCUAUGCAUCCUCCUCGGCUCCACGGAGGAUGCUCGACGCAUGAUGAAGGAGCUGCCCUUCUAUCUCGAAGGCGCAGCAACCAAGCUCGAAGCAGUCGGCUUCGACAAGGAGCCUGACUCUGAGGCGGCUGGUCAGCGGGGCACCAGCGACGCAGCGCAGCGACAGGAGGAGAGCGAGGGAGAGUGGCUGGAGUUUACAGACCUGGAGAGGAUCACAAUGGAGGCAGCAUCUCCGUCAAGCCAAGAGGACAUGCAGCUCGUCAGCGAGCUGUCAGCAGUCAUCGAAGAUGCAGCUUCUUUGAACGAGGCGGGGACGAGCGAGCCGAUCAAGCUGGUCCUGGACAAGGCCGUUGGCAACCUCCACGACACGUUCUACUCUCCGGGGAGCCUGGAGUUCAUGUCGCUGGGAGAGUGGGCGAAGAUGCCAGAGGAGCAGGGAGUUGGGCGCAACGUUCUCAAGGAGAAGCUGGGGAAGUGGCUGCAGAGCAAGCGCUGGACUCGCGUGCAAGGAGAGAGCAAGAAGGCAAGGAGGGGCAGCGCGUUCUCGCCACGGGCAACGGCAGCUGCUGAGCUUGAGCAGGAGGCGGAGAGCGACGACAUAGAGCGUCGAUCUCUUAGCUUCCUGUUCAUAGCACUGAGUAAAUUCGCAGAGAUGCAUGUGCUGGCCUGCUCGCUGAAGGUGGACAAGAAGGACCGACUGCGGGUGGAGAUGAGGGAAGAUGGCGAAGAAGAGGAAGACAUGGAGGAAGAGCAAGGCGAGGGCGAGGAAGAAGACAGGGCGAGCCCGUACCGAGCUUGAGCUGAGCUCAAGGUAAGGAGAGAAGGUGGAGGCGACCGAAGGCCAAGGUGAGGAGAGGCAACUCUCCUCACUGAGGCUGAGGAAGCUGAAUGGAGGUAGAGUAGGUGGUGACCGAAGCCAAGGUGAGGAGGAGGCACUCUCCUGACUGAGGCUGAGGAAGCCAAGAGAAGACAGCAAAAGUAGAAAGUAGAAAGACGCCUCAGAAGCAGGGUUCGCAUUGUAGGCCGUGUACUCCCAGUGCUCGAGCGCCUCUUUAGACUAGGAUCAAAUUGCAUAAGCCCACAACGAGGCCGAGCAACAUUCUAGCAUUCUAAUAAACUCACAUAAUAAU